UUCUUCCUGUUUGGGCGGAAGUUGUGUUUGUAGUCUGAGAGUGAUAGUAAGAUGGAUGCGGGUGGGAGGAAGACGCUGCUGGUUCGGCAUCUCCCAGCUGAGCUUAGUCCCCAGGAGCAGAGAGAGCUUCUAGAGAAGAGCGGAGCGUGCGGUGUGCGCCUGUGUUCCGGGAGGACAAGGGGGAGCCUGAAGCAUGUGGCUUUCGCAACAUACCCAAAUGAAUUUGCUGCUGCCAAGGGUAUUUCAGUGCUUCAUCAGCUUACAGUGUUGGGUCACACACUUGUGGUUGAAUAUGCUAAGGAGAACCAUGUUCACUUACCAGACCAGCCAUCCUUCUCUGAAAAAAAAAAAAGCAGUGCGGAGAAACCCGAUGAAUGUAAAGACUCAAAGCUCCCAAGCCAGGUUUCCAUUGAGAAAGGAAUAGCCCCAAAUCAUGGGCUAGUUUUUCCAAUAAAAUCCGGCCUAAAGUACUUAUAUCCACCUCCUACAAGCACCGUUUUGACAAACAUUGCAAAUGCCCUAGCAAGUGUUCCAAAGUUCUAUGUUCAGGUGUUGCAUUUAAUGAACAAAAUGAAUCUUCCAGCUCCUUUCGGACGUCUUACUGCACAGCCUCCUUUGUAUGCAGAUCAUUUUGCUGCACCGACACUAUACCCACCAGUCCCACCCGACCUUCCUGAGAACCCUCCAUUGCCAGAGCUGGAUGAUGACUAUGAUAUGGAUGUGUCAAGCAGAGAAGAGUCAGAGUAUGAAAGUGGGGAUGAUGAAGAAAAGGAGAGGGUUGCUCGUCUAAAAGAAUUAGCAGAUAUGCUGCCCAAGAGACGAAGUCAGAAGAAACAAUCUCGCCCUCGAAAAAAGAUGAAGAUUAAGGACCUUAUAGACAUGCCUGCGGCACCCCAACAUGCACAUGCACCACUGUUACCGUCUGAGGUGUUUGAACAGCCAUGUAUUGUAGGUCCUAAAAAAAUGGAAUUCCACAUUCCUGCAGAUGUACCUGCUGCUGCUCCUGUUUCACAUGUAGCGGAAAAGGAAAGUGAGGAGAUGCCAGGAUUUGGAAAGCUCUAUCCCCCUCAAGUAUCUAUGGUGGGUGAUGGUGAUGAUGAUGAAGAUGAGGAAGAUGAAUUGCCCACAGAAUUUAUUUCCAGGAGGGAAUUGGAGAAAAAAAGAAUUUCAAAAGAAGAAAUGCGCCAGCUUUCUGUGUUCAAGGGCUAUGAGCCAGGAGAGCCAAACUGCAGACUGUAUGUGAAAAACUUGGCAAAACAAGUCACUGAAAAGGAGCUCAAGUUCAUAUUUGGGAAAUUCAUCCACUUUUCAUCUGAAACCGAAAAGAACAUGUUUGAUAUUCGUUUGAUGAAAGAAGGGAGGAUGAAGGGGCAAGCUUUUGUUGGCUUUCCUAAUGAAGAUGCAGCAGCAAAAGCCUUAAAACAUGUCCAUGGAUAUGUUCUUUUUGACAAGCCAUUGAUCAUUCAGUUUGCAAGAUCGGCUCGUCCCAAGCCUAAUGCUAACAAAAUGCCAGCCAAAAGAUAGCAGCCAAGAUGACCAUGAAAUUGCUGUUUGGGCAUUCAGAGUGUAUCCUUUCCUGUUGUAUCCUUUUUCAUAUAUGUAAUUCCCAGCUAGAUUAAAGUAAGCUUCCUUAUGAUUUUUUAUUACUUCUAAUCUUCUAUGACAUUUAUGUUACAUUUUAAUGCUUCAUAGUGGUGUUUCUAUACUUGAGUCUCAUUCACAAAAUGUUUCCAUUUUAUAAAUUAAACUGUAAACCAUAUAUAAAACUGCAGGCAAUACUGGAAGGCCUCUUCUUGCACAAUUAUAGCAUUAUGUUCUUCUAGAAGUAUAGUGCUGCACUGAGGAGGCUUUCCAAACAGGAUCCUGGCAAGACAUUGGACAUUCCACAAUUCAAAUCACCAGAGGGUAAUUAACUUGGGGCAACAUCUAGUACGGAAUGAAAAAAACGUAAUGGUUUGUUUUCAUUUCUGAGCAUUGCGAAAGCUGAUAAAAUUACCGAUGUUAUACUUCCACUUUAGAUAAAGACUUGGCAUGAAACUGCCAGCAAAUUCAGGAUACAAUUCCCUUAUAGCUCAGAGGGGAUUUAAAAGAGAAAUCCUUAUUCCAUGGUCAUGUAACCUCAUUUUGGCAUAUUCUCAUCGACCCUGGAAUGUGGGGGGCCCUUGGUUUCAUCGCAUACAGUUCGGGACCAGGACUCUGUUUUGUAUGUGACAAUAUUGGCAAAAGGGAUGGCAACACAACUGGAGAAGAGCAUCGACUUUUAGGACUCUACUUUAGAUUAUCUUUAUUAGAACUGCCAGGAAGAAGCCUGUGAAACCAUGGAGUAAGGUCCCCAUUCCUUUUUGCCCCCUAAACUAAACAUUCAUUGAAUCUGGAAUAUUCUGGAUGUAUUCUUUUGGGCCAGCCUGGAGUUGGGCUUUUAAAGGAUACAUACGCUUGUAUUCUGUUAUCUUUAUCCCAUCCAUAUUUCCCCUUCCGAUCAAAUUUGGAAAGUAAAUAACAUCCAGCAAGGCAAUGUUUUUGAUGCUUAGAAGUAAACCCUGGACAUCCUUUUUCUAGGGCCGACUUGGGAUAUAUCUAGAUAGAGAUAUAUAUGUGUGUGUGUUUUUUCAGAAUUCACAUGCAGAGAGUAGCCUUGGAAAACAUAAGCACUAUGCUGGUCUGGGCAGCAAAUGCUGGUUUGUAAGUUGGUAACUUCUGUUUUCAAAU